AUGUUACCCUUGGCCACCAUCGGGGCCUACGGGCUCCUGGCCUUCGUCGCGUCCAUUGUGCUCAACCUGGUCUAUCAAUGGCUCUUUGCGAGACUGAAUAAGACUGAACCCCCACUGGUCUUUCACUGGGUUCCCUUUGUGGGCAAUACCAUCAGCUAUGGAAUGGACCCCUGUAAAUUCUUCUUCGACUGCCGCGAGAAGCACGGCGAUAUCUUCACCUUCAUUCUCCUCGGUCGCAAAACUACGGUCUACCUGGGCGUUCAGGGCAACGAAUUCAUUCUCAAUGGCAAACUAAAAGAUGUCAAUGCGGAGGAGGUCUACAGCCCCUUGACGACUCCCGUCUUCGGCUCCGACGUGGUCUACGAUUGCCCCAAUUCCAAGUUGAUGGAGCAGAAGAAAUUCGUCAAAUUCGGUCUGACGCAGUCCGCUUUGGAAUCGCAUGUGCCACUUAUCGAGAAAGAAACCGUCGACUACUUGGCUACCUCGCCCAACUUCAAUGGCUCCUCGGGACGGAUUGACAUCUCCUCUGCUAUGGCUGAAAUCACUAUCUUCACGGCCGCGCGCGCCCUGCAGGGCGAGGAAGUGCGCUCGAAACUGACCUCCGAAUUCGCCGACCUCUAUCACGAUCUAGACCAGGGUUUCACGCCGAUCAACUUCAUGCUGCCUUGGGCUCCCCUGCCGCAUAACAAGAAGCGCGACGCUGCCCACGCGCGCAUGCGUGCCAUCUACAUGGACAUCAUCAACGAGCGUCGCGCCACUGGCGAGAAAGCUACCGCCACAUCGGAUAUGAUCUCGAACCUGAUGAACUGCGUCUACAAGAACGGAACCCCCGUGCCCGAUAAGGAGAUCGCGCACAUGAUGAUUACUCUGCUCAUGGCCGGCCAGCACUCCUCCGCAUCUGUCGGCUCGUGGAUCAUGCUGCGUCUCGCCGCCCAGCCCGAAGUCCUCGAGGAACUGUACCAGGAACAGCUGGCCCAGCUCGGCCCCGUCGGUCCUGACGGCACCCUCCCCCCUCUGGAAUACAAGGACCUCGAGCGGCUCACGCUGCACCAGAACGUCAUCCGCGAGACCCUCCGUAUCAACCUCUCCAUUCACUCGCUCAUGCGCAAGGUCAAGAACCCCAUGCCCGUCCCCGGCACCCCCUACGUCAUUCCCACCUCGCACGUCCUGCUCGCCUCUCCCAUCGUCACAGCCAUCAGCGACGAAUACUUCCCUAACGCCAUGAAAUGGGACCCCCACCGCUGGGAAACCCAGGCACCCUCGGAGGACAAGGAGGAGGACGUCGUUGACUAUGGCUACGGCGCCGUCUCCAAGGGUACCUCCAGCCCCUACCUGCCUUUUGGCGCCGGCCGCCACCGCUGCAUCGGUGAGAAAUUCGCCUAUGUGAACUUGACCGUUAUUCUCGCCACCAUGGUGCGUAACGUGCGUCUUUACAACGUGGACGGCCGCAAGGGCGUGCCCGGAACGGACUAUUCGUCUCUGUUCUCGGGGCCUUUGAAACCGACCGUCAUCGGGUGGGAACGCCGUUCCGCCAAAUCUGCCUAA